AUGUCGUCGCCGACGAAAUUGUUGUCGAGCCCGACAAAAGCACUCAACCCCCUCUCGCCUGAACGAAUAAAUCAACAACAACUACCUCCCCAGUCCCCCUCACAAUCAUCCGACAUUUUUGACCUUCACCGGAAAAGCGCCAGGGCGAACUCUGAUGUACAAUCCAAGGUUGCCUUUUUGAACCAGCUAUCGCGGACGGGUAGCCCGGCAGGGCCACAGCAACCAUCUGCUAGCGCAUCGGCAGCUCUUCAACGAGCCAUUCUUGGACGCGAAGAGGCAGAGUCUGCGCUAUCGAAUGUGUUCGCUCAACUUUCUGAGGCGCAAUCACGCGAGCGCCGUAUCAGCGAACGACUUGAGUCGCUGCUGGAGGAGUUGCAAGCAUCCAAGGAGCGCAAAGCCCACGAACGAACGAUAUACGAGAAGGAAAUCCGGAAAGCACGGAAGGAGGCAUUCCGUGCAGGAUCGACCUUGGUGAAAACGCAGGAAGAUUUGAAGGAAGCACGAGGGGAAGCCAAGGCAUAUAAAGAGGAACUUGAGGUGGAGCGAAAAUCGAAAGAUAAAGCCAAACAGGAGGCUUUCGAGCGGGCCUACGCAAUUGCUGGGCUCACCGAGGAACUUGAGGAGCUGAAAGCACGACUGCGCGUUGCCGAAGCUAAAAACGCUGCCGACCCCCUGAAGACCCGCGACCGAGCACUGCGCAAGGAGGUGGGCUCGAGAGUGUCUCUAGCAGAAGGCGAUCUUGCCCUACUUGCAACUCCGGCAUCUCGAAGACCGAAACGAUCCGCAGACUACUUGGCCGACUUUCCUAUCGAAGAAAUGGAGGAGUCUCCCACGAAGGCCACACCUCCGAAGAGACUGCGACUAUCGGAUGUGGCAGCAGAGGACAGAGAACAGACUCCCCGGCAGGCGAUCAAAGAAGAAAUCGAAGAAGCCCCUCAAGAGGCUCAAGAGGCUCAGGAAGCUCAUCAAGAGGCCCCUCACGAGGGCCCUCACGAGGCGCCUCCUACGGAUGUAAAGGAAAUUCCAGAAGAAGUCCCCGAAAAUGCCCUGAUUGAGGCUCCCAAAGAGGCUUCUCUGGAGGUUGCCAAACAGGCCGUCAUGAGACCUACCAAGGAGGACUUCAAACUUGCUCUCAAAGCGGCUCGACGGGAGGAUCGUAUGGCUAUCAUGCGCAAUCAAGCCAUGGUUGAACAUCUCCAGAUUUCUCUUCGGCUGGAAAAGCGCAUGAGAGAGAACGCAGAAGAACUGGCAGAAUUUCUCCGUAUGGAAUGCGAGUUCAAGCGUUGUUCAUGUCGUGUUGUGGAAGAGCUGGAGAGUGUACAAGUUCAAUCUCAACCCCAGAUCAAGGAUAUAAGUCCUGAAAUCGACGUGGACGCCAGCAAGCAAAACAAGCAAGCCCUCAAUCAACAGACUCACGCUGAAUUGCUUGAUCAACCGGUCUCGAACCACCUGCCGGCUGAACAGCACGUCCCUAAGGCCGGUUCGCCAACUUCUUCAGGCAUUCGAGAUAAAACACCACCGCCUCCCAAGCAUGCACCGAUGGAUUCAAACGAAGCAUCAGACGAGCCGCUCAUUACUUUCUCCCCUAUCACCGGGACGUUCCAAAAGAUUCCAUCUCCAGUCCGAUCUGGGAAGAAACACGCUUUCAUCCCGCCAAUGUCCCCUGUGGAGGCCGCCAAACGCCAGCCCACAAGCCCUCUUGCAAAGUACGAGCUCAACCAGGAAGAGGAGCCUGCUGAAUACUUCCAAGCCGAAUCUGCUGUGCCAGCCCCGGUCCAUCUUUCACCAACUCCCGCUCAAACGACCCCGGUUAACCCGCCUUUGAGGACGGCAGCGAGCCAUAGAAGCACGACGAAUGACGAAAGCAUGAAAAGGGUCCCCCUCAGAAAAGAGGGCUCCAUCCCAGGCCAGAGCACCGCCGUUCAAGGAACUCCCAUCAGCCGGGAAGAAGCCCUUGCGCAGAUCCGGGCUCGUAGAGGUCGUGCCAACACCACGAAACGAUCUGCCAGCGCGAUGGAAACCACUCGUCGCACAGCAAAUAGCAGUUCACACCCAACGGACUCAGCUCGUCGUAUUCCUGGCGUACACAAUCCGCAACGGAGGAGCGAAAGCGGUGACAUGCGGAAUCGAAGAGACUUGAGUGCACCGAUCCGGAUGACGCAUCGUCGGUGA